AUCUACUUUCUUGAACGUACCGACCUCCAAGCUUUCGAGGCUCUUACAAGCUCCCACCUUCGAAAAUGGGGAAGAUUAUGAAGCGCGACCCGGAUGCUCCGUUGGAGAUCUUGAACUGGAGGCUCUGGCUAUGUGUUUUCGUUUUCGCCCUUAUGGGUGCAGCUCGAGGACUCGAUGAAGGCCUUAUCGGAACCAGCGCAACCCAACCCAGUUUUAUCAAGCGAUAUGGACUGAAGGACGAGUCCUUGACCAAGGCGCAGCAGGCUGACUUGAAGGGCAACAUUACCUCGAUGGUGCAGAUGGGUUCUAUUGCUGGAGCUCUGAUCGCUUUCCUCAUCGUGGACCGCAUCGGCCGCCUGUGGGCAACCAGACAACUCUGUAUAUUGUGGGUUGCUGGCAUUGCUCUCUUUGCUACGAAUGGCAGUCUAGGGAUGCUCUACGCGGGUCGCUUUGUUGCAGGUAUGGGAAUAGGACAAACCACUGUCGUGGCGCCUUCGUAUCUGGCAGAAAUCUCCCCGAAAGCCAACCGCGGAUUUUGCGUCGGCAUGUUCAGCGGGUCUGUCUACCUGGGAAUCAUGAUUGCAUACUUUGCUUCCUAUGGCGCUAACAAAGGCAUUGAUUCGGGAACGCAACUCCAGUGGGUUGUUCCCAACCUGCUCCACAUUAUCUUCGCUACGAUCAUCUGUAUCUUCUCCUUCUUCGCGAUUGAGUCUCCUCGAUGGCUUUUCAAGGUUGGCAGACGGGACCAAGCCAUUGCCAAUCUUGCCAAGAUCAGAGGUCUGCCAGAAGACCACUGGUACGUUGCGGCUGAGGUUCUGGACAUCAACGAUCAGCUGGAACGCGAGAGAGAAGCGACGAAGGGGACGAAGUGGUAUGGCGUUCUCAGAGAGCUUGUUUCCUCGCCUGCCAACAGGUACAGAUUGAUGCUCUCGCUGUUCAGCCAACUUCUCGGACAGUGGUCUGGCGCCAACAGCAUCACAAUCUAUGCGCCCGAGUACUUCGAGAUGGUCGGUGUCACUGGAACCUCAACCAAGCUCUUCUCGACUGCAAUCUUCGGAGUUGUCAAAUUCAUAUCCGCGCUUCUGUGCGCAUUCUAUCUGAUUGACAGAAUUGGCCGCAAGCGAUCCCUCAUGACUGGCAUUUCGUUGCAGCUCUUUGCCAUGUUCUACAUGGCGCUCUUCCUGGUCAUCGACACUGGAGUGGAUGACCCCGAGGGUCAGACCAAGAGCGAGAAGCAAGCUGCGACGGUUGCUAUUGUUAUGAUCUAUCUCUCGGGCUUCGGCUGGGCUUUGGGGUGGAACUCAAUCCAGUAUCUUAUCAAUUCGGAGAUCUAUCCGCUCAGGCUGAGAGCGAUUGGAGGCUCGUUCGCUAUGACAAUUCACUUCGUCAACCAAUAUGGCAAUUCGAAAGCAGUACCUUCAAUGUUCCUUUCUUUGACCACUGGUGGGACGAUGUUCUUCUUCUCGGCCGUUACGGCAAUUGGAUUAGUCUGGGCCUGGUUCUUCCUUCCCGAGCUCGCCGGAAAGAGUCUGGAGAGCAUCGAUGCGGUGUUCGCUCUACCGUGGACUCAGAUUGGCCGCCAUGGCAAAGAGCUUACGAUGGAUCAAGGCGGCGCUGUGGAGAACUUCGGCAUUGCGAAAGGCGAGGACGCCGAGAUGGUCGAGAACGUUCAUGUGAGCGUGGACAAGAAGGCUUGA